CCAAAAUAUAACUAUUCUUUCUUUCUUUCUUCUAUAUUACUCUUAAUUAAAUCCCAUAAUAUUACUUUUCUCUUUGCUUAUUAAAUUGGUUUUUGAUUAUUCUCUUCCCUUUUUUAUUAGCUCUCUCAGUUCACACAGAUCAAAAACCUCACACUUUCAAGAACGUUACAUCAAUUGCAAAUCUUAAUUUGUUGAAAGAAGUAUGAGCUGCUUUAGUUGUUGUGAGGAUGAUGAUAUGCAUAGAGCUGCUGAUAAUGGGCCAUUCAUGGCACACAAUUCAGCUGGAAACAAUGGAGGUCAGCGUGCUACAGAAAGUGAACAAAAAGAGACACCCGUGAACAUCCAGCCCAUUGCUGUUCCUUCCAUCGCUGUUGAUGAGUUAAAGGACAUCACCGAUAAUUUUGGUUCGAAAGCUUUGAUAGGUGAGGGAUCAUAUGGAAGGGUAUAUCAUGGUGUCCUGAAAAAUGGACGUGCUGCCGCCAUUAAAAAAUUGGACUCGAGUAAGCAGCCUGAUCGAGAAUUUUUAGCUCAGGUCUCAAUGGUUUCAAGACUAAAAGAUGAAAAUGUGGUUGAAUUACUUGGUUAUUGUGUGGAUGGGGGUCUUCGUGUGCUAGCCUAUGAGUAUGCCCCAAAUGGAUCUCUUCAUGACAUUCUUCAUGGAAGAAAAGGUGUGAAAGGUGCGCAGCCAGGUCCAGUAUUGUCAUGGGCUCAACGAGUUAAAAUUGCAGUUGGGGCUGCAAAAGGACUGGAGUACUUGCAUGAAAAAGCGCAGCCUCAUAUAAUUCAUCGUGAUAUUAAGUCUAGCAACAUUUUACUCUUUGAUGAUGAUGUUGCUAAGAUAGCAGAUUUUGAUUUGUCAAAUCAAGCCCCUGAUAUGGCAGCACGUCUUCAUUCCACACGUGUUCUUGGGACCUUUGGUUAUCAUGCACCAGAAUAUGCAAUGACUGGUCAGUUGAGUUCAAAGAGUGAUGUUUACAGCUUUGGCGUUGUGCUCCUGGAACUACUUACCGGUCGUAAACCUGUUGAUCAUACAUUGCCACGUGGGCAACAAAGUCUUGUAACUUGGGCAACACCAAGACUUAGUGAAGAUAAAGUGAAGCAGUGUGUUGAUGCUAGACUAAAUACAGAUUACCCUCCUAAGGCAGUCGCAAAGAUGGCUGCAGUUGCUGCCUUGUGUGUGCAAUAUGAAGCUGAUUUCCGGCCAAACAUGAGCAUUGUAGUAAAGGCUCUUCAGCCUCUGUUGCCUCGGCCUGUACCAAGUUAAACAUCAAGCUUGUGAAUUUUCUCCGUUCCCCAGCCUUUACGUCCCUGUAAUGAGAAAAAUUGCGAUUGAUUUCUUUGGUACGAGUCAAGAUGAUUGUGAUACUGGUGGGACUGAAUCCAAAGAAAUAUUGUAUAUUCGUUGUAAUGAAAAUGGCCUAUGCAUAUUGAUUUUCAUGGAUUGUAUUGAGAUUUUGAAUUUCCACCAAGGUUCAUAUUGCAUUAAGUCACAAUUAUGUUUCAGCAUUAAUUUCUUAUGCACUAUAGUUUGUCCU